AUGCGUGCUUAUUUUCAUGACAAUGUUGACUCUGACCCUAAAGAACCUCACGAACAUUUAACUUCUGUUACACCUGAAGAACUUAAAAACUUGGGAGUUCUUUAUUGGCAUUUUGACGGAGACGAUUAUCUUGAAAAAGUAAAUGGAAUAGCGAAAGAAAGGAAUUAUAAGAAUCGUGAUGAAAUUACUGUCUCCAAAGAGGCAUUGGGUGAUUCAUAUGAAAGCAAAUUGAAGAUAUUUUUCCAAGAACAUCUUCAUGAAGAUGAAGAAAUUCGAUAUAUCCUUGAUGGUUCGGGUUACUUCGAUGUUCGCGAUUUAUUGGAUCGAUGGAUUCGUAUUGCUAUCGUGAAAGGUGACUUAAUUGUUUUGCCGGCGGGAAUUUAUCAUCGGUUUAUUGUUGACACCAAUGAUUAUUUAAAAGCUUUGCGAUUAUUUAAAGAAGAACCAAAGUGGACACCCAUUAAUCGUCCUGCUGAUGAUAAUCCACAUCGUUUGGGGUACUUGCAAUCUCUCAGGGAUUCUGGAUUGUAUAAAUAA